AUGUUCUUCUCCCUUAUACUUGUCGAAUCUCUAGCUGCUGCGAGCACAGAGCCUCUUUACAAGAACCUCGUUAAUAUCCCAGGCUACGGCUCCGUCCAGGGCAAGGCCGCCCUUAAUUCCUCUGUGGCAGAGUAUGUGACCAACUGGGCUGAUAUAUCCUUCUUUGGAGGCAUUCCCUUCGGUGCCGAUACAUCUGGGGCCAACCGCUGGCGUGAACCACAGCCAGCCUCUCCAUGGCGAAGCACUCUCGAUGCUACAGACUUUGGAUACAUCUGUCCGGCCAGUCAAUCUGCGCUGGAGGGCUACUCCCAGAGUGAGGACUGUCUCAACCUCAACAUUUGGACACCAGCCAAGUCACCGGACGAAAAACUCCCUGUCGCCAUCUGGACCUAUGGUGCGGGAAACGCACCGCCAGAGAGCACCUAUAACGGCGCUGGAGUCGCUAGCAAAGGAAUCAUUUUCGUCUCCUAUAAUUACCGCAGUGGCGUAUUUGGGUUUUUGGCCAACAGCGAGUUGACAGAGACUUCAGGAAAAAAUUCCUCUGGUAAUUGGGGGAUUCUUGACCAAUUUGCUGCUGUAAAAUGGGUCCAUGAGAACAUCGCAGCAUUCGGAGGAGACCCAGAUCACAUUUCCAUCAUUGGGCAAUCUUUUGGUGCUGCUGCAACAUAUCACAUUGUGAACAGUGAACUGACCGCAGGUCUCGGAAUUGUAAACGCAAUUUCCGAGUCGGGCGUGCGGUCACCCAAUGAUCCCAAUGUUAAUGCAUAUGAGUGUUCCUAUUCAACCCUUACCGACGCAGAAGAAUUGGGCGCCGAAAUUCUUGAGGGACUGAACGUGACUUCUAUCACUGAAGCACGAGCUCUCGAUACAGAGGCUCUGGUCAAUGCGACCGGUUCCUACGGCAUGGCUAUUAAGCCUAUUCUGGAUUACUACGCGAUUCCGUCUACAUAUAUCGACACGCUGGCUAAAGGCGCCGGUAACAAAGUACCUUACAUAACAGGCAACAAUGCCAACGAAGAUGGUGCAGCGGCGACUGUUUCUACAACAGUCAGUGAAUACGAAGAGUGGCUCAACUCAACAUUAGGUAGUGAAUGGGCAGCUCAAUUCUUGGAGUUAUAUCCAGCUGCCAACGACACCCAGGCUGGCGAGCAAGAGAAUAAUAUCAUCAGAGACACCUUCCGAGUCAGUAGCUGGCAGUACAUGAAUGGUUUUGCCAGUUCUGCGAAUCAAGUAAAGACAUACACAUACUACUGGAACUACGGCGAAGCUACGCACGCAUCAGAAAUCGUUUAUGUACUAGGGAACCUGUGGGCCCAAAGCGAAAACUAUACAGACGAGGCCUAUGAUGUCUCUAAUAUUUUGAGCAGCUACUGGGCCAAUUUUAUGAAGACUUCUGACCCUAACGAGGGUGGGACAUACAAUAAGGGUGCUUUGCCUGCUGUAUGGGAAACAAACUCGCCUGACCGAAAUCAGACUUUCCUGAUUGGCGCGGAAUACAGAAUGAUAGAAACGGCGACUAGCGAGCGGUUACAGUUGAUUUUGGACUAUUUCGCUGCUCAAGUGCCGUACUAG